UUCUCUGUUAAGAGUUGAGCCACACGAAUGCCAAAAUUUGGAGCGAUUUAGGUGAGCGUGAGUAAGUUGCAAUCAGGUGAUUAGCUUGGACAAUAUCAAUAGUUUGAGGAAUUAUAUUUAUAGAGGAAAAGGAAUUGCAAAGCACUGAAGAUGCACACGCAAGAGACUGCCACUUCUCCGAAUUAUAUUCAGGUUUUGCGUUUUCAACACUUGAGACUUCGUUCGCCUAAAAGAUUUUUUUUCGGUUCGCUGAAAAACAAAUAGUUCUUGUUGUAUAAGGAAGGAUAUACUGAUACUCAGUCGUGUCCCUCGGAAUCAGUCUUACUCCUGCUCAGAUUAUAACUUCAUUAUAUUGGUGGUUCUUACAACUCCUGCUCAGAAGAUUAUAAUCAGUUUACUGUUGGUCGUCGGCCGUGCUUGUUCUAUUUUCACUAUCUCGUAAUUGAGACACACAUACUGAGUAUUUCACCUUCCUGCUUGAUCUUGAUCUGUCCUCUUGUCUUACUUGGUAAGUAAGUCUUAGCCCCGUCUUACCUUCCGUAAAAAUGGUGCGUCGGUCGUUUCUUCUCCUUCCGGCUUUGGCCUUUCUCACAGGCGGAGCAGAUGCUGUCAAGCUACGCGUGGUCGAUGGAGUGGAAAAGGAGCGCAGAGCCCAGGAAAGCGAACGCAAACGGGUGGAGCGGAAAAUCAAAGAGGAACGCACACGGUUGGAGCGGGAAGCCAAUGAGGAACGCAAACGGGAGGAGCGGGAACGCAAACGGUUGGAGCGGGAAGCCAAUGCGAAACACAGACAGCAGGUGGCAGCAGACAGGAAGAGGGAACGCGAACUGCAAGAACGGAGAGCGCGUGACGGAGGAGCCCCCCAGGGAGCGGCCGCAGCCGGGGUGGUGGACACUGCAGCUAUAAUUGCGGAUGCUAAUCGCGUAAUAAAUAGGAUUGGCAGAGAAGCGGGGCUUAAUCUUGAUCUGCCCGAAGCUGCUCCAUAGACACCUUGGAGACAUCAGAUGAUGCUUGAAGGCUCGCACGAUGUUGAGCUGGUGUUUUUAGUGCGGAGGUGGCACACAACGUUGACCGCAAGAACUUCGUUCUUUUGAUCUUUGACACCUUUCGUUUUGUCAUUUUGGAAUUGGAUGUAGCAUGUGUUUUAGAUGUAUUCGCAAAGUGUUCCGCUGUGCUUUGUGUCUUGCUGAACAAGAAGACCUAUCGCUUCGUCUCUAGAAUAUAAAAACAAAAUAAAAUCUAAAAGCCAAAAAUAAAAAUAGCAUAUCCUAUAUAAAGAGAAGAUAUCUGCCGAAAAAUGAUGUACCAAGGCACAACGCGAUCCUUCUGCGUUGGAAUGUUGUGCUUGUGAAGGUGGUGAAAAUAAGGUGAAGAAAGUGAAGAUGAGAUGAAGAUUAUUAACAUGAUGCGGUGACUGUAAUUGAUGGUGGUACUCAGAUGAUAGUGAUUAGGUUUUUAGAUUAUUGAUUUGUUGUCCUCUUGGACCCCUAGGUUGACACUUUUUAGAAAAAUAGUCAAGCAUCCAUAGUAGGCCAACCAAUCACUUCACUCGCAGCGGAGAAAAUUCCUAGCGUCACCUGAGUCGGAGCCGCGUUUUGGUUUCUGACUCUAAAAAACCUUUCUCUCUCUCGUCGUCUUUCCAACAUGCAAACAAUCAAAAACUUGUAGGAAAAGUUGAUGAGAAGGCGCAUCCGCAUAAGAGGAAGCAGUAACCUGAGCGCCGCGAGCACUGGGCUGGAGCUUAUUAAUUUGGAAAG